GUAGAGGAGAAAUACUGCCCACCAAGUCGCAGCACAGUAACCAGGCGUCUGAGUGAGCUUGCAGCAGAAAAAAUGUCCAAGAUAAAAUCCAAGUUAGAGAAGACAGACACUGUUUCUGCGACUGUGGAUAUCUGGACUGACAGGAGCAUGCGUGGCUUCUUAGGUAUAACAUCUCAUUUUAUGGAACUUGAGAAGAAUGGCCCAAAACUACAGUCAGUUCUUUUAAGUUGUGAGCGUUUCACAGGGUCACACACUGGACAAAGGAUAAGUGAAAAGUUUGAAGAGAUAUGUGACAACUUUAACAUAAAACACAAAUUAGAUUACAUCAUCUCUGAUAAUGCUGCUAAUAUGAAAAAAGCUUUCACAGUUUGUUUCCCCUCUACUGUGACUGAUAGUGAAGAUGGUGACAAUGAUCUGGAAAAUGGCAACUUAUGGGAGGAAAUGAGUGAAGAGUUCCAGGAUGAUGUGGAAUCCAUCCAGAGAAGUUGCCAGCAGCAGCGCUUACAGUGCUUUGCACAUUCCCUGCAACUUGUUGUGCGAGAUGGACUGAAAGAAACAAAAUGUAUAAACAAUGCAAUGGCAAAAUUGACAAGAUUUUGCAGUUUGCUGCAUUCUACAUGUAGCAUGAAGGAAGCAUUUGAGGGUCAAUAUGGAGCCGGUCACAGCAUCCCAUCUGCUGUAUCAACAAGAUGGAACUCAACGCUUCGCCUUGUGGAGGCAGUCACUGAUCUGGAUCUCCAAAAUCUAAAUGUUCUGCUGGAAACUCAGGGACAUAAAGAGCUGUGUCUGUCAGCUCGAGAAUGGAGUCAGCUUAAAGAACUUGUAGAAAUUCUGUCCCCUUUUCUUCAAGCUACAGACCUCACACAAGGGGAGAAAGUAGUGACUGUUAGUGCAGCUCUCCCCUGUGUACUGUCCCUUAACAGUCAUCUCACCAGCAUGCUGAAUACAACUCGUCAUCUGGUCGGUUUCAUAAAAGCACUGCAAACAUCACUUCAUCAGCGUUUUAAGGGGAUCUUUGUGAAUGUCAGAAUGGAUGUGCCAGCUCAGCCUGCUGAAGAUCUUCCAUUUGGAGAUAACCUUUACUUGAUGUCUGCAUUCCUUGAUCCAUCAUUCUGCCUCUUUUGGCUGGAACAAGAUGUCUUUGCAACUGAUGAAGUCAAGAGUGAAGUGAAGGAGAUAUUAAUAG